AUGAUGAGAAAAGGAAUAAUUUUUUUUGCUUUAAUAGCUGUAUUAGCUUAAUGCCAUGUUAAGGAAUUGAAUGAAUCAAACUUUUUGGAGGCAAAUAUAGUAUUAAAUACUAUUCAUGAUGGAUAUUUUUCCACUUUCAAAGGACCAAUUUGGAAUUAUCAGAAUAGAUAUUUAAUAUUUUAAUCUUGCCAAUAGGAAACAACUGCCAGUGUUUAACAAUAGUUUAUUGAUAAAGUAGUUGCAAAGUUACCUGAUAAUUUAUAUGUUAUACCAUUUUUUGUUUUUGAAUCAGAAGCAAACAUUAAUGAAAACAUAUAAACAAGAGAUGUUAUUUUAACAGUUAAGAGAAAAUAUGGUAAUGGUCUAGCAGUUAGUAUAUCUUUGAAAACUGAUGAAUCUGAUGAAUAAAAGAAUUGGAUUGAAAGCUUUGAAUAGCUAGAAAGCAUCAUUGAUAGUACUACCCACUACUUUGGAGAUUAGGCUAUAAAAGAAGUACAAUAAAUUACUUCUUUUUUAAAAAACAUAAAUAUUUGCUCAUAAUUAAAAGUAUGA